GCGGACCGGGAGGAGGACAGCGGAAGGGAGAGGUGUGGCAGUGGCAGGUGACCGGGUCUGCGAGCAAGAUGGCGCCGGCAUUGUGGGGGUUGAAGAGCUUGGUGUGGCAGAAGCUAAAAUCAUCAGUAUUUGAGGACUGCAAGAAAGAGGAAGAAUGGAAGGUAAUGCUUUUGGAUGAUUAUACUACUAAAUUACUGUCACUGUGCUGCAAAAUGACUGAUCUGCUGGCAGAGGGUAUCACAGUGGUGGAGAAUGUAUAUAAAAACCGUGAGCCUGUCCCACACAUGAAAGCAAUAUAUUUCAUAACUCCCACCAAGAAGUCUGUAGAUGGACUUAUUGAUGACUUUAUUUCUAAAUCAUCCAGCAGAUACAAAGCAGCAUAUGUAUAUUUCACUGACUUUUGUCCUGACAACCUCUUCAAUAAAAUUAAGUCUUCCUGUGCAAAAUCAAUAAGGAGAUGCAAGGAGAUCAACAUUUCCUUCUUCCCAUAUGAGUCUCAGGUAUUUACUCUCAAUGUUCCAGAUGCAUUCUACCGCUGUUAUAGUCCAACUCUGGCUAAGACAAAAGAUAAAGAUGCUGUAAUGCAAGUAAUGGCUGAACAAAUCGUUACCUUAUGUGCCACGCUAGAUGAGAACCCAGGAGUACGAUAUAAAAGUGGACCAUCUGAUAAAGCCUGCAAACUCGCAGAACUGGUUGAAAAAAAUCUUGAGAAUUAUUACAAAACUGACGAGAAAAGCCAAAUAAAGGCUAAAACCCAUUCCCAACUAAUAAUAAUUGAUCGUGGCUUUGACCCAGUGUCAACUGUCCUUCAUGAACUCACCUUCCAGGCAAUGGCAUAUGAUCUGCUACCAAUUGAAAAUGAUACUUAUAAAUACAAAACAGAAGGGAAGGAACGGGAGGCAAUUCUGGAGGAAGAUGAUGAGCUGUGGGUGAAGAUUCGGCACCAGCAUAUUGCAGAUGUGAUAGAGGAAAUACCAAAACUUUUUAAAGAAGCUUCAUCAAAAAGAAAAGCAGCAGAAGGAAAAGUAUCAAUAUCUGCUCUGACCCAGUUAAUGAAAAAGAUGCCACUUUAUCGUAAAGAGAUUAGUAGGCAAGUCAUUCAUCUUAACUUAGCAGAAGACUGCAUGAGCAAGUUCAAAUCUAACAUAGAAAGGCUCUGUAAAACUGAACAGGACUUAGCUCUUGGAACUGAUGUAGAAGGUCAAAAAGUGAAAGACUCAAUGAGAGUCCUUCUUCCAGUUCUGCUCAACAAAAGUCAUGAGAGCUAUGACAAAAUUAGAGCUAUUCUCCUGUACAUCUUUAGCACUAAUGGAACUACGCAGGAGAACUUGGACAAGCUGAUCCAGAAUGUUCAAAUACAAAGUGAUAGUGACAUGAUAAGAAAUUGGAAAUACCUUGAUGUUCCUGUUAUCUCCUCAUCUGCUGCUCAGCAGCAUAAAUACCCAAGGAGGGACCGUUCUUCAGAAGAAACUUACCAGCUUUCUAGGUGGACGCCUGUCAUUAAAGAUGUUAUGGAGGAUGCUAUAGAAAACAAACUAGAUCCAAAAGACUGGCCAUAUUGUUCCCAGUGUCCUCCUACCUGGAAUGGUUCAGGAGUAGUAAGUGCACGCCAGAAACCUAAGGGUAGUUAUAAAGAUGAGCGAAGGAGUAGUGCAAGACUGAUUAUAUUUGUGAUUGGAGGAAUUACAUAUUCUGAGAUGCGCAGUGCUUAUGAAGUUUCCCAAGCCUACAAGUCCUGCGAAGUUGUUAUUGGUUCUACUCAUAUUUUGACACCUAAAAGACUACUGGAUGAAGUUAAGAGCCUUAAUAAACCCAAGGAUAUGGUCUGCAUUAAGGAUGAAUAAAAGUGGUGAUGUUAAUGAUGCAUUAGGAAAAGACAAAUAGUAUGUACAUAUUGUUAUGGAACUGAGUGUUCUAAAUACUGUACCAGGUCACCACACCAUUCUCACUAAUGGAAUGUUACUUUGUAAUUUAAAUUUGCUCCUUUUUUGGGGGUCGGGUAGAAGGUAGAUGGUAAAAUCCACCUGUGUGUCUUUAAGGUUGUAUUUUGUAUAGUCAGUGUUACACUGUAAGUGCUUUUUCAAAAGGGCUUGUUCAUUCCUAAGAGAUGAUGCUAACAGUUACUGUGACUAUGUGUAGACUGGAAUUGUCUGAGAACUGUUAUAGAGUUUAUUUCCACAAAUGACUGAAUUAAGUGACUAGGCUCUUAUGUAGAGGCUUUGGGAGAAAAUUUGUCAGUAUGAGUUUAUGAUAAAUAUGUUUCACAGUGUGGUGUCUCAAGCUGUAACAUUUUCUGUCAAAUAAUGCACUGAGUUAUUUAAAUAUAUGUAACUGUGAAAAAUCAAGAGGCUUUUUUAGAUGGUGGUGGGUAAGGUACAAAGUUAAUCAUGGAAGUACUAAGCACCUCUAAUUUCAAUAAAUAACUGGAGAAAUGCUGUUGAACUGUGCACUGAAAUACACUUUAAAUAAUAGAGGGAUUAUUACUAAAGCUUUUCAAAAAAUCUUAGUUUCUUACCAACUUCCUAACAAUUGUAUCUACAUAGUUUGUCUUUGAAGUUGAAUUGCUUGUAAUACACAAGUUCCAAAAUUUUUAGCAUAAAUCCGUUUUUGAGGGAGUGGGGGCAGUUGAAAAGGAGAGUAAAAGAAGGGAAGUAGUUGAAUCUUUCAAAUGGCUUAAUUCUUUAAAAUACGAAAAGCAAAAAGUAAACCAAACACCAAAAGUUGAUGCAUUCAAGAGAUUUACUGUGUUCUUCUACUUUGUUACACACAAAGAAAGAAAUACAUAAAUUGUGUUGAAGGGGAUCAGAGAAGUUCUGAAUUGUAUUAAUUCUGUAAUACUGGUAAUAUUUAGAUUUGUCUUGGAAAAUUACUUCAAUAAUUAAAUUAUGAACCUUUUAAACGGA